CACGUGUGUAAACAAGAAAGAAGAUCGAACACGUCUGAGUCGCGUGGCAGUUUCUAACAAAAUGGCAGGAAUUUCAUCAAGUUAUAGACUAUUUACGUUUUGCAGGAUGUUGAAUCUACAUAUGAAACAUGAGAUUGGAAAUGGACAAGUUAUCAAGAGGAGCAUGUCAAAUAAAGUCAAGAAAACUACUCAGUUGAAACAGAUGCUGAAUUCCAAAGAUUUAGAAUUUAUAAUGGAGGCUCAUAAUGGUCUGAGUGCCAGAAUAGUUCAGGAAGCAGGAUUUAAGGGUAUUUGGGGAAGUGGAUUGUCAGUAUCUGCUCAGCUAGGAGUGAGAGAUAGUAACGAAGCAUCGUGGACACAAGUUGUAGAAGUGUUAGAGUUUAUGAGUGAUGCUUCAGAUGUACCCAUCCUGCUGGAUGCUGAUACUGGAUAUGGGAAUUUCAAUAACGCCAGACGACUAGUCAGGAAACUUGAAGACAGAGGAGUAGCAGGUGCCUGUUUAGAAGACAAAUUGUUCCCUAAAACAAACUCUCUACAUGAUGGAAGAGCACAACCAUUGGCUGAUAUUGAAGAAUUUGCUUUGAAAAUCAAGGCUUGUAAAGACACACAGACAGAUCCUGAUUUUUGUAUUGUAGCUAGAGUGGAAGCCUUUAUAGCAGGCUGGGGUUUGGAUGAAGCUCUGAAAAGGGCAGAGGCAUACAGAAAUGCAGGUGCAGAUGCCAUUUUAAUGCACAGUAAAAAGGGUGAUCCAUCUGACAUAGAGGCUUUUAUGAAGGCUUGGAACAAUCAGGGACCUGUAGUGAUUGUACCAACAAAAUACUACAAAACACCAACAGACCAUUUUCGUGAUAUGGGUGUUUCUAUGGUGAUAUGGGCCAAUCAUAACCUUAGAACUUCUGUCAGGGCUAUGCAACAAACAACCAAACAGAUCUUUGAUGACCAAUCAUUAGUUAAUGUAGAAGAUAAGAUUGUUAGUGUGAAAGAAAUAUUCAGGUUACAAAGAGAUGACGAAUUAGUCAAAGCUGAAGACAAAUAUCUGCCAAAAAAUUAAACUUUAAAUCAUGGUGCUGAAAAAAAUGUGUUCUUUAAAUAUUUCACUUGCAAGUGAAUUAGCCUUUAAGGUAUUACUAAGCAGCAAAGUAUCUGCACCGGUGAUUUUUCUGGUAUUAAUUGUUAAUAAUCAGUGUACAUUCAUGUGGUAAAUUUUUUAUUUUAAACUUCAGUGUUUGUUAGAUUUGUUAAAGGGAUAUAUAUGGUCUAGAAUAUACAUUUUUUAUUACUUGUACUCAAAGCAAUAUAAGAUAUUGUAAUAAUUAUAAAUAAGGACUUUAUAUUAGUUUAAUGGCUAUAAUAUAUGAAUAAUUGUAUAUGACAAAUUAGGGUUUUCAUCCAGAGGUCACAGUUCACUGAAUGUUAUCGUAAUGUAAAUCAGGUAUAAGGUUUUAGAUGAAGUAGUUUACCAUGAAGUUAUGGUUACAUCAACUUUGUAAUCAUUAUAGAUGUUUAUCAUGGUGUGGACUUUUUAAAAUUUUGCAAAAUUUGGUUUUUGACCCAGAUUUCAUGCUUUCUCUAAAGAUGGAAAUUUGAUAUUACGAGUAUAUACUAAACUAUACUGUAUAUAUAUAUUACAUUUAUUGUAAAUCAAAGAAACAAAUGAUUUUAUUUUUUUGAAAUUUUGAUAAGAAUGUGAUUUUGGUAGACCAUAUCUAUCCUCUUUUAAGUUUUGUGGGAUGUUAUGUUUAUAGUAUUAAGAUGAUUUUAUCUUAUUAAUGAUAUAUAGUUCUUGAUAUAAAUAUUGUCAAGAAACCAAUUUUUGUGGGGAAAUUGUGAAAGUGUAGAAUAAUUUGUGAAAUGGGGAUGAUUCAGAAAUGACUUUGUUAAGGUAAACAAUUAUACACCUUUACAUUUGUUUUGGAAGUUGCUUACAAUGUGAUCUUGUAGCAAAACAGUUUUUUUUCACCAUAUAACAUUUAGAUUUUAACAGGCAAGGCUUCUUAUUAUGCCAUUUUUUGUGAAAGAAGUAAAGGUAUUAAAUUGUGGGCAAUAUGUUGUAAAGGAGUAAUUUAGAAAAAAAAAUAGUUGUUUUGAUAUGGGAUGUAUGAAGAUAGAAUAUGAAUUAUGCAUUAUGCAUUAGGGAAAAUUGUAGUGUAGCUGUGAAUUGUAUUUUUAACUGACACUGAUGGGUUAUUUGGAAAAAGUUGAUAAAAAUGUGGUUUUGGUAUUUUGGUACCCAUAUAUAUUAUUAGAAUUGUUGUCUGAACGUAUUAUCAACUGACUGACCAAACUUGUCAUUAUGACAACAGUGGCUGAGUGGUCUAAGUAGUUCAACUACUGUAUCACUAGUUUGUCAACACUGAGGGUGUGAAUUUGAACCCUGCAUGUGGCAGGUGUGUUUGACUCCAAUCUAUCUUAAUUGUCUGGGAUUGUCAGUUUUCCUGUCAAAGUCUGGUGCUUCUCUACAGGCACUUUUGAUUCCUCCACCAAUAAAAACUGACUGCCACGAAAAGCCAAUAGUGCUGAAAGUGGCGUUAAACACCAAUCAAUCAAUCAUUAUGAUCAUCUAUUGACAAUCAAAAAUAAUUACCAUAAAGUCAAAGAAAGUAUCUUCUUAUAAAGUAAUAAACAGUGAAAAUGAUCAAUCUUCCUGAUGUAUAAUUACUUUUUAAAAGAAAAGUAAUAGUUGUGCCAAUUCUUAUAGGUUAAAACGUUUCACCUAUAGUUUCAAUGAAAACAAAAAUCAAAUGUUCUAUUGUUCUUCUCAUUAAAGUUAGAAAGGUUUUUCCAAAGGUAAAUGAUGAGAGAGAAAACCUUUAUUAAUUUUUUUUUUAUCUCAUAUGCAUAAAUUGACUUUGUAUGAAGGAAAAACAAGAUCUUUUGAAACAGGACAAUACAUGGAACUUGGUGCAAAUAAUUAAAACAUGAUUUUUCUGCUGUAACUUUUUGGAGGCUAGACACAGUAACUUUAAGUUGCAUAUUUUAAACUAUUUUUUAAAUGUAUUGGGUUUGUUAUUCCCUGAAAUGUUGGAAAAUAUAUGUUUUGAUUUUGAUUCCUAUAGGUGAGGAAAUUUACGUGACUAGAAUAUUAUAAAUGCUAUGUAUUAUGAGAAAAUUUUCUUGUAAUCAAUAACUAAAUUUUUUGUAUUACAAUAUGUUUAGAAUAAAACUCAAUGUUUAUGAUGUAUGAGAGUUUUGACCAAGUUUAUGGCAGCUUAAAAUGUCAGUUUUGAACAUUUUCAGAGGGAAACAUUGUACAUGUUGACCUAGUAUCUAAUUAUAAAUGCAUUUUCCUAUUUUGUUCACCAGUUUUCAUUUCAUGAUCACUUUCCUUUGUGACGUAUUAUAAGUUCAGUAUUUUGUACAUGUAUGUCUGUAUUGAAUAACAUGUAUAUGUAUGAAUGCAUUCCUUUUUUACCUUCUUUGAUAGACAUUUACUGAUACAGAUUUAUUAUAUAUAAAACAUGUAUUUGGAUACUAAGUUGUUUUGGAAAAGUUUAAAUUUCAUUGCUUUAUUUUGCAUAUAUACAUAUAUAUAUAAAAGUAUUAAUCUCAGGAAAAGGUGAUUUUUGUUCUAACAGAAAGUUGAUGGGUUUAUGUUUUUAUCAAAUGAAAACUGAAGCAAAGCAAAGCAAAGCUAACGUAUAUGGCUAUUGGAAGAUUAUUGAAAAGGCCAAUAAACUGCCAUUUUACAUGAAGUGACAUGAACUAUUUGUGACAUUAUACUGAAAUGUAAAAGUGUUCAAAGAAAACUAAUCAUUUAAUUUUUAGCUCAACUGUCCCAAAGGGUAAAAAUGUUUAAAAUUUUUUUUAUCGUCUUAAAGAAAGUGUACAUUUUAUUGUCAUGCACCAAAAAUUACCGUUAACGUCAUUUGGCAAGAUUUUUUACCGUUAUUCGUCAUGAAGGUACCCCCAUUACGACCCUCUUAGAAGUUUACAGCUACAUAGUCUAACUUUCUAUUAAACCUGUAUUUUCUCAUAAUCUGUUGAAAGCUGUAUUUAAAUUUUUUUAAUUGUAAUUAGUUUUUUAUGUUUAGCUUACUGUUAUAUUGAUUUCAUUUAGUUGAUAUUUUUAUUGAAAGAUCUGCCCAUACUUUAGGUCUGUAAAUGUCUACUCAUUUCUUUUUCACAAUGUCUGUUUUUAUAAUAAAAACGAGAACAAAAUGAAAUCUCAUAGAUUUAUAUUAUACACUGAGUGUAUUUUUGGCUUGAUUAACAGGUUAAUAACUUAGUAAGUAUUGUGUGUGAAUCUGUUUAAAUUAUUAAGAACUUUUUCAUACAUUAAUGCUCAAAACAUAAAAGAUCUGGUUAUAUUUUUGUUUAAAAGUGGUCAACUUACUUUAUAUUAAAAAUUCUAAGAAUUUUAUCUAUGCAGAAUUACUUUUUGGUUGGAAUGAAUAUUAUAAGAUAUUGUGAUUGCAAUUUUUUUUUAUUAGAACCAAUGCUGAUUCAUACAGUUAAAUUUACUUCAUCAGACACCUCUGUAAAGCAAGUUUCUAAUAUAGGUCGCAAAGUGAAUUUCAAUUUGCUGUUAUGGAGACUCACACAUACACAACUUUACUUUAGCUUUAUUCAAUUUAAUUUAUUUCUUUUUGUUUUCUUUGAUGCAUUUCUAUUUUAGAUCAUUUUAAUUCAUCUAUAUUAUAAAUCCCUGAAUCAUGAUUUUUUUCAAUCGUGGUCUUAACUUUUUAAAGUGAAUUGAUAAAAAAUCGCAAUAAGUUCCAGUAUGUAUAAAACAAAAACUAAUAAAGACAGUAAUUAUGCUAGAAAUGCAUAAAUGUAGGUACUGGUAUUUACUUAGAACAUGUAUCUACAAAUUGGUUUUCAAAAAUGUAAUAAAUUUAGUACCUUAUAAAAUUGUAGGUAUUAAAGUAGCAAAUAGAAGUAUUUGCAAGUACAGCUAAAUCACAGAAGAAUUUUAACAAAUAAAUGAUUUAUUUUUGAUAGUAUAGAGAAUGGAAACGGGACGUGUCAAAGAGACAACAAUGGGUCUUCAAAGCAGUGAGAAAAUCCCGCAACCGAAGGUAGGCUUCAAAAGGCCUAAACAAUGAUGUUUACUAUUUCAGGUAAAUAGAUGCCUCAUUAAACUCUUAAACAUACAAAUGAACCAAAAUUUUAAAAAAACACCCAAAGACUCAGGACUCAGGAACCUCUAGCCUUUGUUAGUCUCGUUUGUAAUUUUUAAUUUUGGUUCAUUUGUAUGUUUCAGAGUUUAGUGUGCUGUCUAUUUGGUUGAACUAGUAUACAUUAUUGUUUAGGAGCCAAUUGAAGCCAUCUCAGGGUGUUGGCAGGAAAUGAUUCUCUCUAGAUUUUUCAUUCAUUUAACAUGGGCACCUUUUUCUUUCAAAACCAUCUGGGUGCAGGAUUGGUGGCCUUGAGCUAUUUUCUGCUCUUAAUUACCAAUGCUUAGAAGUUUACAGCUACAUAGUCUAACUUUAUGUUCAACCAGUAUUUUCUCAUAAUCUGUUGUCUCUUUGACACAUUCCCUGUUUCCAAUCUCUAUUCUAAUCCUUUAUCAUGGUUUUAUUCUGGAAAUCUUAUUAGUGCAUAUUAUCAGGAGCUUAAUUCUUAUUUUAAAAUUACAUAGAAAAUGAUAGGUAGUUGAAAUUAUUCAUUCUUUCAUCUAUUUAGAAUAAUUUUAAAAUGUAAUUGUGAUCAAAUAUUUAAUGAAAUCCAAAUAAAUUGAGGGAUAAAUAAACAGCAGGUUUAAUUUCUUUAUUA